AACAAAAGCACAGAAACCAUCAAGAUUUAGGCAAUUGCGAUUCUAAUCUUGAUUUCUCAACUAUUCAAAAAACUCUAAUCAAAUCACUUGACUAUAAGCUUCUCAUUGCAUGCCUCUACGACCAAGAUCAACUAGAUUUCCUGAGACAGCCAUUUUAAUCACAGACAGUACUGCUCACCCGGAAAAGGUACGAUUUGAACAAUCUUUACAUACACGGUCAAAUUUUUCGUUCAUUACUUCUUCUUUUUGACAAAAAAAAUAUUAUAGAGGGAGAAAAUCUACUUAUAAGUGUUGCUUUGAGAUUUUGUUCAAAUUUAAAACGAAAAUCAGUGUACUUGGUGGAUUCACUACGGGGGACUUUCAGUUACUAAAAAGCUUACAUGUAUUCUGGUUUUAAAGCGGCCUUUCGACUUUAAUUCGUAGCACCGCUCUGUGUUACAUGGCAACUUGCCUUGCAAGUAUUUCGGACCUAAGUCACUCUUUAUCAAGCUAGACGACAAAAUUUCCUCGCUUAUUAUUUUCAUUCUUAAUUUUUGUGUUCUAAAAUUUUUCUUUUCUUUCUUUGUUUCCUUCCCUGAUAUUCUUGUUGAACAGACUUGUUUUCUAUGAGUAAUCCAUAUUUAUCUUACACGACUGAACAGACGUGUACAGACCUCGAAACCGACGUGCAUGUAGGUCUUUCUAACAUCCAGGAUAUUGCUAAACGUCAUACGGUUUAUGGGGAUAAUGACUUAGCAGUUGAUGAUGAUGAAUCUAUAGUCGUGCAAUUUUUGAAGCAGUUCAUUCAGGAUCCUCUUAUACUGUUGUUAUUUGCAAGUGCUGCAAUUUCUAUUCUAUUAGGAAAUAUUGACGAUGCCUUCAGUAUUGCCUUGGCUAUCUUCAUUGUAGUGACCGUUGGAUUCGUUCAAGAAUACCGCUCUGAAAAAUCACUUGAAGCUCUUAAUAAUCUUGUCCCCCAUUAUUGCAAUGUCAUUCGUUCUGGUGUCUCUCAACAUGUUGUUGCUACCAAGUUAGUACCAGGUGAUUUAAUUUCUCUACAAAUCGGUGAUCGUGUACCCGCGGAUCUUCGCAUUGUUGAUGCCGUUGAGUUCGAAGUCGAUGAGUCCAACUUGACAGGAGAAACUAAUCCUAGAAAAAAAACCACUGAACCACUGAUGUCCAAUUUACCGUUGGGCGAACGAAAUAAUAUGGCAUUCAUGGGAACUCUUGUUCGUCAUGGCCAUGGACGAGGUAUUGUAGUUGCUACUGGAGCUGAUACAGAGUUUGGACGUGUUUUUCUAACCAUGCGUGAAACUGAAAAACCAAAAACUCCUCUUCAAAACAGUAUGGAUCAUUUAGGAAAGCAGUUAUCAGCUAUAUCUAUUGCUGGAAUUGCGAUUAUUGUUCUGGUUGGAUUUUUCCAAGGAAAAAAAUGGCUAGAAAUGCUUACUAUUGGGGUUAGUUUAGCGGUUGCUGCAAUUCCAGAGGGGCUUCCUAUUAUCGUUACUGUUACUCUAGCAUUAGGUGUUUUACGAAUGUCAAAGAAGAGAGCUAUUGUUAGGCGUUUACCGAGUGUAGAAACCCUUGGGAGCGUGAAUGUUAUUUGUUCGGAUAAAACCGGAACUCUCACAAUGAACCACAUGACAGUGACGAAAAUGUACACCCCAGGCAUGACCACGCCUUGCAUUAUACCGGAUGGCGAUCAUCUUGAUUUUUCUAUUGAAAAAACUGUCGGUAUGAACAAGCUUCUAUUGUCUGCGGCUCUGUGUAAUAACAGCAAACGGCAUGUGAAUAAAUCUGAUGCCAUCCUCGACACUACCAGCCCGUGGGCUGGGUUUCCGGUUGACGUUGCCUUAAUUGAAUGCUGCGAGCGCUUCGGUUUAAAUGAUCCAAGAGGUUCUUAUUCUCGCCUUUCAGAAAUGCCGUUUAACAGUGAGCGCAAAUAUAUGUCUGUUAUCACUAAUUUUAACUCGACCAAAACUACUUUUAUGAAGGGAGCAAUGGAUCAUGUAUUAAAAAGCUGUGCUUACUACACGGAUAGCGCUGGUGUUCAACAUGAACUGACACCCAGCAUACGUGAUGAGAUUCGCAGUCAUGAAAUGGACAUGGCUAAAACUGGUUUACGGAUUAUCGCUGCAGCUAGUGGAAUAAUCCCUAAUAAGUUGGUGUUCCACGGUUUGUUUGGUAUAAAUGAUCCCCCAAGACCUUACGUUCGUGAGAGCAUCCAACAAUUAAUGACUGGUGGCGUUCGUAUCAUAAUGAUCACCGGAGACAGUAUCGUUACCGCUGUCAGCGUUGCUAGAGCACUAGGUAUGGCUUUACCGAGCAGUGACCAAGAUGCAAUUCAAAACUAUGCCAUUACCGGUGAUCAGCUAGAUGAGCUAGACGACUCGUCAAUACGAGAUGUUGUAUCCCGUGCAGUAGUUUUCGCUCGGACGACGCCUCAUCAUAAAAUGAAGAUUGUAAAGGCACUUCAAUCAUUAGGCGACGUUGUCGCAAUGACUGGAGAUGGUGUUAACGAUGCUCCGGCUUUGAAAUUGGCGGAUAUUGGUAUCGCCAUGGGCCGUCAAGGCACCGAUGUUGCUAAAGAAGCAGCUGACAUGAUCUUAACCGAUGAUUCAUUUGCAACUAUAUUACACGCGGUGGAAGAAGGAAAAGGCAUAUUCAACAACAUUCGUAAUUUUAUUACUUUCCAACUUUCUACGAGUGUUGCGGCGUUGUCAUUAAUUGCAAUCUCUUCCUUAUUUGGUCUACAAAACCCAUUGAAUGCUAUGCAGAUAUUGUGGAUUAAUAUUUUGAUGGAUGGUCCGCCGGCUCAAAGUCUCGGCGUCGAAGCCGUUGACGACGACGUAAUGAUGAAGCCUCCUCGUCCUAGAAAUGCUCCAAUUCUAACUGUACAAUUGUUGAAGCGGGUUCUUAUAAGUGCUUUUAUAAUUGUACUUGUAACUACCUUAAUUUUUACAGUCGAAAAGAAGGACGGUGAGGUCACUGCUCGUGAUACGACUAUGACUUUUACAUGCUUUGUUCUUUUCGAUAUGUUUAAUGCUUUGUCUUGUCGUUCUGAAACAAAGUCCGUAUUCAAAUUGGGAAUUUUUUCCAAUCGAAUGUUUAAUAUUGCCGUUGGAGGAUCCUUACUUGGUCAAGCUCUUGUUAUAUAUAUGCCUCUUUUCCAAAAAAUUUUCCAAACGGAAGCUUUGGGACUUAAGGAUAUCGUUACGUUAAUAAUCUACACCAGCUCUGUUUUAUGGGUUGACGAAAUUCGAAAAUGGUACCUUCACCGUAAAGGCCUUGUUCGAACCAAGAGUACUAAGAUACUAGGAAGCGUCUAACUUUUCUUUGAUUCUCUUGUCCAAAAUUCUUACCUUGUUACUUGUAAUAUCCAAAUUUGUUAGAAUAGAUAAGUCUGUUUAAUAAUAUACGAACUUUAUAUGCUAUGAAGUCUCGUCUUUUUCUAUAGUUCAA